AUGAGGACCUAUAUAGAGAACGAACACAUAAAUGACAUUGAUCUUGAUCCAGACAAACUGAGUCAAAAUCAGUCUCUAGCAGGUGAGAUCACUCUCAAAGAGCGAAUGUCAGCGUAUGACCAGCGUAUGGACAGCGUAUGGACAGCGUAUGGCCAGCGUACUCUGCGUAUGGCUAGCCCUCAGCGCAUGCCAGCGUAUGACAGCGUAUGGCAGCGUUUCCCAGCGUAUGCCAACGUGUUUGAAACUGGAAAUAGAUGUGGCAUUAAGACAAGUAGAUUAGGAAGGAAAUUCGUCAUUGUGGUUUCCGGAGUAGAACAACGGUCUAGUGACACGAUUUUAAGCAAACGAACCUCCAAAAAUAUACCGUUUGGGAGACAAGAGAUUCUUUUGCUCCUCCGAGCGUACCAAGUGCACCCAUGUUCAUGGGCUGAAGUCAUAUCGGAAAUUCAGGAAAAUAAAAAUCAGCUGCCGUCAUCAACUAGAAAUUUGUACAACACAGCUACCAUCAGUCAGUUAAAAGGCAGACUUUCAACAAAUUUGUCCAAACGUAUGAAAGAGUCGAGCGAUGACGCAGAAAUCAGGUCCGAACUAAAUGCAGUUAAAAAGAUGGAGACUCAGCAUAUGACAAAAACCAAGGAUCCGACAGAAGGAGGCGCAACUGAGCGGGAGGAAUCUCGCCCCACCCCCGGGCCUUCUAGUGCUAGUGCCAGUGUGAAUCAAGCAGCAAGCGUAAAGCCGGUGAUAAACAUGAACAAAUGAUGGAAUUGUUCUCAUCAGAUGAGGACACAACGCCGAAAAAGAAGAAAAAAAAGGAAUCACUGGUUUCAUUGAUGAUGAGAAAUCAAAAAGCCUAUAGUAAAUUUAUUACUAAAAAAUCCCAAAAUUACUUCAAGUCUUUGGCAUCGAGGACUCCUCUGAAAGCGAUUAAAUAUACAUGUAUACCAAAA